GUUCAGACACAUGGUUCCAAGGCUCAUUUUGGCACAGAAACAGCAAGUAAUUUGCAGACUCCUGCUCCUCUUAAUACUCUUUCUCGUCGUAGACAACUUAAACAUCAUAAUUAUCAGUAUCCUCAUUCCCUUCGUCCUCCAACCCUCGUCCAUUUUCUUCUUCCAUUUCCUUUCCCUUCUGCUUCUACUCCGUCUCCUCUUCCUCUUCCUCCUAGUCCUUCGCCUUUUCAACGUCGUUGUAGUCGUCCUCCUUUUUCUUCUUCUUCGAAUUCUCCUCCUUCUCUACUUCUCUCUCUUUACUCUUUGCAACCUUGGCUUUCUCGUCUUCUGAUACAAGGCAUCCAUGAUUGUCCUCUUCUUCGUCCGUCCAUAGGUCCCUCCUUAGGCCUGUCCGUAUGUGCAUGUAGGUUUAUGUCUAUCUGUCAGUCGGACAAACGACUCGGCCUGUCUGCCUGA